AUGAUUAAAGCCAUCGUCUCUAAUAGAUCCAAGGGAAUCACCGAGUCAAACAACAUCAUCAAUAUUGGAACCACCUCUGUCUCCUCCGCCCUGGCUCAAGCCAACGCUUUCUGCUUCCAUUAUUGCUCCCGCUCGUCUCUUCCUGGCAUCCCACUUGACUUUAACUUUAAUCAUAGCCACCAUUUAGAUAAAAACUUCAGCAUUCAAGAACUGAACAUUGCUAUCAACCAUAUGAAGAACACCUCCCCCGGCGAAGACGGGAUCCCCGCAAAAAUCUUCAAACUUAUGCCUGACAAAAUCAAAACCAACCUCCUAAAGCACCUCAACUCCAUGUGGGACAACGUCACCAUCCCCGAUAAUUGGAAAACUUCUAUCAUUAUUCCUAUAAAGAAACCUAAUAAACCCGCUGCUGACAUCUCCUCUUACAGACCUAUCGCCUUAGCUCUGGCAAUGAAUAAAUCAGUGGCUUUUGAGGCAUUGAUAUCUAGAAUAGCUGAAGGGGAUGUGGCAAAUUUGCGAAAUAUUUUGCUCAACAAGCAUUGUUCUGCCAAUGAAUGUGAUGAGUUUGGCCAAACUCUUUUGAUGAUAGCUGCUCAACAAGGACAGAUUGCCAUUGUCAAUGAAUUACUUGCGCAUGGAGCAGAUGUUAAUGCUGAAGAUGCGGACAAUUGGUCGGCAUUGACAAAUGCUGCAAAGUUUGGUUUUAAAGAGAUUGUGGUGAAGUUGUUAGAUCAUGGAGCAGAUAUUGAACAUAGAGAUAUGCAUGGCACCUCACCACUGGUAUGGGCAUGCCGGAAAGGUUACACAGAAAUUGUUCCUCUUAUUCUUGAAGCUGGAGCCAAUGUUGAUACUGCGGGCAUGGUAACGUAA